AUGAAAAAAAUAAACAUAUACUGUAAUUUUGAUCUUAACAUAGCAAUAUUUCAGAAUCAAGCAGAUCAGUUGCUUUGUGCAAUAUGCUGUGGUGAUGUAGAACGAUUUGAAAGGCUUGCAAAUUCUGAACUUAUUAGUUUAUCUCGACAUCCAACAACUUUUACUAAUUCAUUGCAUUUAGCUGUUAUUCAUGAACAACAGCAUUUACUGAAGCCUUUACUACAACUUGCACCUCAACUUUUAGAUGAAAAAGAUUCUGAUGGUCGUACAGCCUUGCAUUAUGCUGCUAGGUUAGCUGCAGAUACAAACUCUAUCAGUAAUUCAUUUCAAAUUUUAUUGGAAAAUGGUGCCAAACAGCAGAUAAUGGACGCAGAAGGCUAUAUUGCUGAAAAUUACAAGCGUACUCCACAACUAAUGGACAUAGAGCUGGUCAAGAGGAUUAAUAUGUUUCCAUGUGAGAGAAAGGAUGACAUUGAUGAGUUGAUUAACGAUAAGCAAUUAGAAACUUUAGAAGAAAUUAUUCUAUCAGGAAACUACUGGCAAUUAGAAGAUCGUAUAUAUCCUGCAAAAUGCCAGGAUAUUCAUUUUGCUCUAGAUAACUUAAUGGUACACAUUAUUCGUACUUUAUUAUAA